AUGAAUUCUGACUCCGACGUGGCAGUCAUCAUCUCUCUCUUCCCCCUCUGAUUUUUCUUCUCGUCAAAAUCCAAAAAACCUCUCCAAGCCGCCGUAAAACCCCUGCUUCAGCCGUGAAGCUAAAUUGGGUUGCUCCGUCGCUGACCGAUCGAACGCAGCAAUGGCCGAUGAACCCACCUCGAUUCCUGGCUCCGCCGGCCGGACCGUCGAAGAAUGCGAAGACAUGAUUCGGAAGAGCCUCCGGACUCCAAUGGUGAAAUUUUUGAGGGAGAAUUUGGAGAAAGCUGGGUGUGGAAUUGGUGACAAAUUCAUCAAGGCCGUUCACUGUGAUGGCAGUUAUAGCGGGGGCUUCACUCCCGGUGAAGGGAUACAGGUGUGCAGCAAUCAAAUGAACAUUCAAGAUGAGGUCAAUCAAGUGGUCAUCCAUGAACUUAUCCAUGCUUUUGACGAAUGCCGUGCUGCAAACUUGGACUGGACUAAUUGUGCUCACCAUGCUUGUAGUGAGAUUCGGGCUGGCCAUUUAAGCGGGGAUUGUAACUACAAGCGGGAGCUGCUCCGUGGCUUCAUGAAAAUUAGAGGUCAUGAACAAGAAUGCGUACGUAGAAGGGUCAUGAAAUCAAUGAAGGGCAACCCAUACUGCUCAGAGGCUGCUGCAAAGGAUGCCAUGGAAGCCGUCUGGGAUGUCUGCUAUAACGAUACACAACCUUUCGAUAGAGCUCCUUGAGAACACACAUUCAUGGCCAUCAGCCAAUGGUUAAAACAUGCGGAUUGUCAAUUAUACCUUCUUGUUUGAUUGACAUCAGAGAACACACUGUUCCGUUGGAAGUGCCUUAGGUUGAAACCAGAAACAUGGUUUAUAUUGUAUUUCGAUUACCAUGUAGUUCCACUGAAUGAUCUUUCCCUACCUUGACCUUCAAUGGGAAAGCAAACCCUGAUCUUGUCUUGGUUUCGACCUGUUCCUUUUCUGGAAAGCCAUCAGGGCAAUUAUUUUGAUUCAGAUAAACUUGAUCAUGUAUUGUACACUUUCGCCAAGAUUUGGUGGAUAGAGUUCUCCAAGUUUUUGUUGGUACAAACAAGUGGCCGUUGC